CGGGGAGGGGCGCUUCCGUUCUUUGUUCUGUUGUCGGUUGUGGGUCUGUGACAGGCUCCAGCAGGGUCUGGUUCGUGUCCGGCCCCUAGUCUCACGUCCCUGUCCCCAGGUCUCUGCAACAUGCGCCUGGUGUCUGUGAGUGCCAGAAGAGGGCAUUGGACUCCCUGGAACUGAAGUUGCAGAUGUUUGCUGCUUCUCCUUCACAUCCCGCUUCCUUCUGAGUCUGCAGCUAGGAGAGCAGCGACCAGAAUAUUUCACUCUCCCAAUGGAAAGUCAGGCAGCCCAUGCGCCUCCGGAGCCUCAGCCCCUGCUAGAGAGUGCUCUUGCUUCUUCAAAAGUCCCUUCCUUUGCUGACAAAGACAGUCUGGGGGACAAGAUGUUGGCUGCUGCACUUCUAAAGGCCAAGUCCCAGGAGUUGGUGACGUUUGAGGAUGUAGCCGUAUACUUCAUCUGGAAGGAGUGGCAGCGGUUGGCGCCUGCACAGAGAGACCUCUAUAGGGAUGUGAUGCUGGAGAAUUACGGGAAUGUGUUCUCCCUGGAUGGUGAAUCCAAAACUGGAAAUGAUCAAGUAAUCUCCGAGGGUAUGGGGUUAUGUGACCUGAUAUUGGGACGAUUCCGAAAGGAUGUUUCUCAGGGUCUUAAGUUUGAAGACACUUACGGACAGGAAGUCGGUCUGAAGAGGCAGCUGGGGGACUCCUCUGUCGGCAGACGGAACAGGAGAAUACAAGAGCUUCGCCAAGUGACAGUUGAGGGAAAGCUUGCCCGUAUGGGGAACAGCUUCCCUGUGAAUUCCAGACUUACUUCACAUCAGAGAUUCCCCAUGGGAGGCAGACCCCAUAAGUGUGAUGAAUGUAGCAAGAGUUUUAAUCGAACUUCAGACCUUAUUCAGCAUCAGCGAAUUCACACUGGGGAGAAACCGUAUGAAUGUAGUGAGUGUGGAAAGGCCUUCAGCCAGAGCGCGCACCUCAUUCAGCACCAGAGGAUCCACACUGGAGAGAAGCCUUAUGAAUGUAAAGAUUGUGGGAAGACCUUCAGUUGUAGCUCUGCCCUCAUUCUCCAUCAGAGGAUCCACACUGGGGAGAAACCUUAUGAAUGUACUGAAUGUGGGAAAACCUUUAGCUGGAGCUCCACCCUCACUCACCAUCAGAGGAUCCACACUGGCGAGAAGCCCUAUGCUUGCAACGAGUGUGGCAAGGCCUUCAGCCGGAGCUCCACCCUCAUUCACCAUCAGAGGACCCACACUGGAGAGAAGCCCUACGAGUGUAACGAGUGUGGGAAGGCCUUCAGCCAGAGCUCACACCUCUAUCAGCACCAGAGGAUCCACACGGGGGAGAAGCCCUAUGAAUGUAUGGAAUGUGGAGGGAAGUUUACCUACAGCUCAGGCCUUAUUCAGCACCAGAGAAUCCACACAGGGGAGAAUCCCUAUGAAUGUAGUGAGUGCGGCAAAGCCUUCAGGUAUAGCUCAGCUCUUGUUCGCCAUCAGAGGAUUCACACUGGAGAGAAGCCUUUGACUGUAAUGGGUGUAAGCGAAAGUUCUUUCAGAGGGUCUACGGAAUUAAACAUCAGAGAAUCCACAUGAGAGAGCCAUGUACCAUUUCCCUCACUUGCUGAGUCUACAGAGCUCUUGCUUUACUUUUUAAUAGGACCAAUUCAGGAUGUGUCCCACCUUAAACCAUUCACUUGGGGUGGGGGGCAGAUUGGGAAAAUCAUCCUGGCACAGUGAUCACCAGGAUUUCUUGAAAAAUUGUGAGGCAAGUAGCAAAUUAAGCACUGGGAACAGAAGGAAGCUUGGGGGCUAGUCACCCCUUUUUGGAAAGGGGUUUGCACUAAACCAUUUUCUCAAACCAGAAGAGCCUUUCUUUCCAAGAUGGGGAUGGAAACUUAUUAGCAACAAAAUUCCAAGGAUUCAACUAGUUGGAGUCAGUCUAAUAAGCACAGAGGCAGAAGGAAGAAUAUUCUGGGCCAUAGUAAGUUCUGGGAAGAGAAACAGACUAAUUUUUGUUUUGUAUUUUUGAGGCAGGGUUUCACUUGUAGCCCUGGCUGUUCUUGAACUCACUAUGUAGACCAAGCUGUCUUUGAACUCAGAGAUCCAGCCUGCCUCUGUCUCCUGGGUGCUGGGGUAAAGGUGCUCACAACCGUCCCAGGCCCCUACCAGCUGCAUUUCAGAGCCACUUCCUAACCCAGCUUUAACAGUGGACAGAGAAUAUGCUGCUUUGAUACAUGAUUCCAGGAAUUCAGGAAAUUGGGUGCGGAUGGGUUUAUUUUAUUGGGGGAAAACAAAACAAAAGACCCCAACAGGGGUUUCUGGAACAGUGAAACCAUGCUUUCAAGAGGAGUCUGGCUGUGCUGUUGGCAGACCCCACAUCUUCCCUUGUAAUAGGACUGACUGGGAAUCUCGGAGCAGUACAUAGCCUAAGGGAGAUCAGAAACAUUUAGCACUGGCCUGACUCCUGUUCUCUUUUCUUCCUAUUCCUGUGGUGAAAAGUAAUGUAAUGUCAACCUCUAGAUACUAGAAUGUUCUCAGGGAACUCACCUACCCAGCUUGUCCUGCCGUUUCAUACCCAGGUUCUGGAGCUCUAGAUUCCACCUCUCACAGACUGGAAAGCCAGAGAGGGACUGGGGUGCUAGCUUUGCAGCAGGCUCCUCGCUGGGUUUGGGUGGUGCUUCCUGAGUGUUCCCAGCCCAACGGAUAGCUUCCCAUAGUUGCCCAACCCUGCUCAUCCUGUAGCAUAAAUGAAAUGCACUGUUAAACAGAACAGGUGUUUCAGAGGGGAGUUUUCCUGUAUGGGAGUCAAGUGUGAGUUAAAACAGCACAGUGAGUGCAAAUGGAGUGCAAAAGUGAGCUUUGAAACGUUUAUUUGAUAACCAUUUUUUGGUGACAAAUUUGAGGUUUUCCUAUUGCAGCUCUCUCAGUCUCUUGUACACAGUGUUGUGGGCUGUUUAAAUACUUGUAGCUAUUUCCACCUUCAUUCCUCACUUAGGGAUUUGUGAGCUGGAGACCCUUUUGUGUGGUGUAGCGUCAGACUGACGGUGAAAACUAAGAAGGUGUGCUUAGCUCCUGUGUGGCAAUGGGCAAGUUGCUCUGUCUUGGUUUGAUUGUAGAAGGAUGUCACAGCCACAGAGCAGGAAAGUUAGGAAGAGACUGAUGUUAAGGUGGAUGUGAUCUCACUUUCUUUGUAGGGUAUUGUAACAGAUCAUCUAAUGAGUGUCUUAAUUUCACAGAAUUAGGGAACUGGCCCUUUUGGCUCCUUCAACACUUGCCAGGCCUGGUGGUUCAGGUGUCUAAUCUCAGCUACUUGGGAGGAUCACAAGUUGUAGGCCUGCCUGGGCUAUAAAGCAAGGUUAAGGCUGGCUCGUGCAUGUGAGUAGGAGUCCAUUCCAUUGCUGGCACUCUCAUUACUAGAGAUUAAACUGAGCCAGAUUCUGCCUCCUCGUCAGUUUUACAGUCAGCCUCCAGUUCUGUCUUUUUAAGCAAUACAACAUAAUUUUUUAUCAAAGAAAAAUUUGAAGAACAUUUUCAUUUAUAGCAAAAGAAGUUUUAUUUCCCUUCUGCUGGAGAUUAAACCCAGUGUCUCACUCCUGCUGGGCAAGAAUUAUGUAUCUCAGCCCAGAAGUUUUUUACAUUUAUUUUUGGUGUGUUUAUUCAUGCGUGCAUACACAAGCCAUGGCAUGCACAUAGAGGUCACAGGUUGACUUGCAGGAGUUGGAUUUUUUCCUGCCUUGUGGGUUCCAGGGAUGAAACUGAGGCUUUACUAGGCAUGGCAGGAGUAAAGGUCUUUACCAUCUCUCUGAUUGAGGUGGGGGUUUUUUUGUUUUUGUUUUUUGAGGUUUUUUGAGACAGGGUUUCUCUGUGUAGCCCUAGCUGUCUUGGAACUUGCUUUGUAGAUAAGGGUAGCCUCAAGCUCAGAGGUCUGCCAGCCUUUGCCUCGUAAGUGCUGUGAUUAAUGGCAGGUGCCACCAUCGCCUGGCUCAGGAAUUUUCAUUUAAUUUUGUGGUUCAUUUAUGAACCAGGACUGACCUUGAACUCCUAAUCCUCCUGUGUCUACCUCCCAAGUGCUGGGAUUACAAGCACAUGCUACCAGUAGCUGGCUAGGAAUUUGCUUUUAAAGCCUUCCAUCUCCAGUGACACCUCUGAGGUCCAAUUCAGAUGACUGUGGGAAGGUGUUCUGUGAUACAGGUUCUAACAGCACAGAGCCCAGCUUCAGGUGUACUUCUCAGGGAAGAGGACGAGCCGUGCUGGAUGACUGGCGUCUUACUGGAUUGUUUCUUUUUGUGUAUCAGAGUUUCUCUGUGUGGCUGUGACUGUCCUGUAGACCAGGCUGGCCUCGAACUCACAGAGAGCCACCUGCCUCUGUCUCCUGAGUGCUGGGAUUAGAUGUUUAGAUUGUUUAUUUUUGACAAACAAUACAAAACAAAGAAAGAAGUUGUUUUUCUCCGGUUUCUGUUUGAGGUGGGACCUUACCAUGUAAGCCAGGCUGUCCUUGAACUCCAUCCUACUGCAGCAUUUUCACCUUUGGAGAUUACAGGCUUAAUCUGUUAUGACCAAUUUAAAGAUAGUUCUUAAAAGCUCUCCAAAGUGGGAGGCAGAGGCAGGCAGACCUGUGUGAGUUCAAGGCCAGCCUGGUCUACAGAGCAAGUCCAGGACAGCCAAGUCUACACAGAGAAACCCUGUCUCAAAACACCAAAAGCUCUCCAAGGACCUUUUUAUGUAAAUAGCUUAGACAGGUGUUUCGCCCCAUUUAAAAAAAAAACAAAAAACAAAAAAGGCUUGAGGGCCAGAGAUGUAGCUCAGUUGGCAGAGUGCUGGCCUCACUUGAUAAAGCCCUGGGUUUGACCUCCAGCCCUGCAAGGCUGUUGUUCAGAGCUACAUGAAAGCCUGUCCCUUUCCCACCCCCAGUAAACCCUAUGGUUUUGCUAGGUGCAUUGGUGCAUUAUUCAAACUAUGUCAGUAAUGACUCAAGAAGUGUAUAGACUAUUUUCACACAAAUGUGAUUGUGGUUACUAGGAUAGUUUGUCCUUUUCUAGAACAGCAGUUUUCUUAAGAUGCUCUUUUUAUGUCUGAGUUUAGGCCUGAGAAAGCUGUAGAAGAGCCCUGGGUCCUGUGGAGCUGGGGUUAGAGGCAGCUGUAAACUGCCUGACAAGGGCUCACAACUGCCAACCUUGGGUGCUGUAGAGCAGCAUCUCAGUUACUGUUCUGCUGCUGUGAUGAGACGCCACGGCCACGGCAGUGGUUGUAAGAGGAAGCAUUUAACUGGGGGCUUGCUUUUAGAGCAUUAGACCGUGACCAUCAUUUCAGGAGGGACUGGAGAAGCUGAGAGUUUUACAUCUUGAUCCACGGCAACAAGCAGAGAGAAAGGGAAGAGAGAGGGAAGGAGAAGAGAGGGCAGGGGAGAAGGGAGAAGAAAAGAGAGACUGGUCCUGGUGUGGGCUUUUGAAACCUCACAGGCCACACCUAAUCUUUCCCAAACAAUUCACUGAGCAGUAAGCAUGUAAGUUUAUGAGACUGUAGGGCCAUUCUCGCUCGGACCACCACAGUAUCUACGCUUACUGAUGAGCCAUCUGCCCAGCCUAAGUGAUGAUUCUUAGGGCCAACUGCCUAUUGAGCCAAACAUGGAAUCAUCCCAAAGGCCGUGUUUUGUUCCUUCUCCUCCCUAUAGCUUCCCAGUCAACAUCUGUUCCAUUCUCAUGACUCCUGAGUUGGCCUUUGCCUUCGUUAACUCGUUUGAGGACUUUGGUGCCAGCCUCACAGUGGGUGUCUGCAGGCUGCUUUCCCCAUCCACUUUCUCCCUGCCUAAGUGUAUUACUGUACUGUUGCCCUGGCCAGGUAACUGGCCUGGAUACAACAUCUAUGGGUAAGCACUAAUCUUAGCUCAGCUUCACCGAUUGUGGAGUCCUCUUUUCCCAGGCUACUCAUUUAUUCUACAAAUUGAGUAUCACGUGAUGAAAUGACAUUGCCUUUCCAGAUGUGGGAACUUAACAGGUUGGACAUUUUAGAAUCUGUUUAAUGUUGCUUUCCCAUGUGAGCAUUUUUAGACUUUAACUUGAAGACCAUCAAAGUAAUUCCUCUGUGGCCAGUACACAAUCCAUUCCACCGGUGACACUCUUCAAAUUGAAAUACAGGGGUUUGCACUAUGGCUCAGUGAUCAAGAGCACUUGCUGCUCUUCCACAGGACUUGAGUUUGGUUCGCAGCACCCACACUGGCAGCUCACAAUCACCUGUAACUCUAGCUCUGUGGGAUGUGAUGCCCUCUUCUGGCUCUGCUGGAACCUGCACCUAUGGGGUGCACACGUACAGAUUUAACAAGGUUGAAUACCCUGUAAGGACAAUGAACAGGACUUGGACAUCCGUUUCUGGCCCUGCCAUGACUUCAGUGACCUAAGGCUUUCGUGGGAGGUGGUAGAGGAGAUUACUUAACCGAAAUGGAGUUGAUGCUAGUGCCUGGUGGCCUUUGUGAUGCUGGGAUGUCCUUACAGCUGAACAGGUAACAUUUGAAUAAACAGUCCUUUACCUAAGCUACAGAUCCACAGCUGAUGUCCUUCAACAAACCCACCUACUUGCUUGGUCCGGCCAGAAACCAAUCCUUGACUCAUGAGGCUGAACAUGGUGGUUAAACUGUACGGAGAAGACUUCGCUUUGUGGUGACCAGGAAGACAAGACAGAUGGGGUCUGGGACUAGGUAUCUUCUAGGGAUGGAUUCUGCCAUCCAUUUCCUCCAUCUAGGCUUUCCCUCCCAAAGUUUCCACCAUCUCCCCAAGUGCCGUACCCAGUGAAGACCAAACAAAACACAUGAGCUCAUGGGAGAUCACGUAUUGUAGCAUUGUGUGUGACAUGGGUUUCUGUGUCUCCUUCCCUGGAAGAAAUGCCUAAAUUAUAUUUAUUUAUUCUGUGUGUAUCACAGGAGGUCCCAUGUAGAGGCCAGAGGUCAACUUUAAGAACUGGAUGGAUCUCUCUUUCCACUACACUGGUCUGAGGGAUCAAACUGAGCUUGCUAUAUUUGUGCCUCCAUCUGCUGAGCCUCUCACUGUGCAGAGGGCUGAGGUCUUUAACCUGCCCUCUUCUCCCUCCAUCCCACAGACCUUGCCUUGAUGAUACAGAAGUACCAUAGUUAAAGAACACUAUAGAAUUCGUCUUCCUACCCUACCCUACCUAAGAAAUUACUGUGGGAACCUUA